CGGCUGGGGCUCGGCGGCUGCCAUUGGCUUAGCGGCCCCAUCCGGGCACUCGGCGCAGCGCCGCCGCUCGGCCCCGAUCGUCCCAAUAUGGCGGAGGCUUCCUUUGGGAGUUCGAGCCCAGGUUCGUCCUCGCCAGCUUCUGCCCGGCACCCUGCCUGCCUGCCUGCCGCACGCCGCGCUCUCCCUCCUGAUCCUCCCCGCAGUUAUCUUCUCUUGCCUCGUAGCUUUUCUAGCGCGGCGCCUUCACGUAACUAAUCGCCUGCAUGAUUUCCAAAGAAAGGGAUGCGUGCCGAGAGUUCAUCCCCUAACUCCCGGUGCAGUUAGUAAUUGGCAGCUGGGAGCCCCAAAUGAACACAAAGUUUUACAGUGCUUUUAAGUCAGCAUCUCGGGAAAGCCAUUUAGUCUGGGUAGAGAGACUGUUCCUCUUCUUGCUGAUAACUACAGGCCUGUUUGGCUCUUUAUCAUCUGAGGAUCAUGACUUUGACCCUUCUGCUGAAAUGCUGGUACAUGAUUAUGACGAUGAACGUACUCUUGAAGAAGAGGAAAUGAUGGAAGAAAGCAAAAAUUUCAGCUCUGAAAUUGAAGAUUUAGAAAAGGAAGGAAACAUGCCAUUGGAAGAUUUACUGGCAUUCUAUGGCUAUGAACCCACAAUUCCAGUUAUAGCAGGUUCCAGUGCGGAUAGCUCUCCAAGUGAACUUGCAGAUGAACUUCCAGAUAUGACUCUAGAUAAAGAGGAAAUAGCUAAAGACCUCUUGUCGGGUGAUGAUGAAGAAACACAGUCGUCUGCUGAUGACUUGACACCAUCAGUUACUUCACAUGAGGCUACAGACUUCUUUCCUCGGCCAUUAAGAUCAAACACUACGUGUGAUGGAGAUAAAGAAUCAGAUGGUGAAGAUGUAGAAGCAGACAAUGGUAAUUCAUCUGAAGAUUUGAGAAAGGAAAUAAUGGUUGGUUCACAGUAUCAGGCUGAAAUUCCACCUUACCUUGGCAGGUACAGUGAUGAAGAAAAGGCCUAUGAAAACGAAGACCAUUUACUUUGGAAACCUGAUGUGAUCUCAGAAAAUAAAGUUAAAGAAUACCUUUUUGAAACCUUCUUAAGAACAGGAAAUGAAAAAAUGAUUGGCAGAAUUCCUGAAGGACUACAUACACGGGACAAUGAACAAGCUCUGUAUGAACUUCUCAAGAGUAGCCAUAACGUUAAAGAAGCAAUUGAGAGAUACUGUUCAAAUGGAAAGGCAUCUCAGGAAGAGAUGACAGCAUGGACAGAAGAAGAAUGCAGAAACUUUGAACAUGCACUUCUGAUUUAUGGAAAAGACUUCCAUCUCAUACAGAAAAACAAGGUAAGAACCAGAACAGUUGCUGAGUGUGUGGCUUUCUAUUACAUGUGGAAGAAGUCAGAACGUUAUGAUUAUUUUGCUCAGCAAACAAGAUUUGGAAAGAAGAGAUAUAACCAUCAUCCAGGAGUUACGGACUACAUGGAUCGUUUGGUAGAUGAAGCAGAAGCCCUUGGUGGAGCAGUACAUGCUUCAGCCUUAACAUCUAAUAGUCGAACAGAAACCAUUCCUGAUCAACAGCUAAGCAUUCUGAACUCUAUCACUGCCAAUGAGUUGACAGCAUUGACAAAUAGUGUAACUACAGUCUGCCAUGCUUCAGAUGUGAACUGCCUGGAUGAUGCUUUUCCUCCUAUGGACAGCUUACCCCGAGCACCAGUUAAUCAUGUGCCUGUUGGAACAGAAGAGUUGCUUAACUUGCCAAGCAAUGGUGAAAGUGAUUGUUUUAAUUUAUUUGAGACUGGCUUUUAUCAUUCAGAGCUAAACCCAAUGAACAUGUGCAGUGAGGAUACAGAAAGACCCGCAAAGAGAUUGAAAAUGGGAAUUGCUGUCCCAGAAUCCUUCAUGAAUGAUGUCUCUGUAAAUAACCUUGGUGUGGACUUUGAGAACCAUACGCACCAUAUUACCAGUGCCAAAAUGGCUGUUUCAGUGGCUGACUUCAGUAGUCUAUCUUCAAAUGAGACAAACGGUUUUAUCAACACCCACACUCUUCACCAACAUACUGCCCUUCACUCAGAAUGACUGUGGAAAAUGAAACAAACAGUGGGUACUUUAUGCAGUAGUAGUAAACUUGAUGGGAGCUAUCAGGUUUGCCUAGUCUUUCACUGGAAGUUUGAACAUUAUGACAUCAGUGAUGUCUUUGUAUGUAUAGAACUAUAUCUUGAUUUAUCAAGAGUAAUUUCUUUUUUCAGUCCAUAAAUGUGGAAAUGUCAUAGGAUGUUUGGCAGAGUUUGGGACUAAGAGAACUCUGUGGUGCAGCUUUAAGCUCUGCUUCAAUUUUUUUUUAAAGCCUGUAGACAGAGGCCACCAUUUCAAAACCAGCACAGAAGUUCUGAACUGAUUGGAGUGGCUUUUUAGUCUAAGUUACUUUUGCUGUAACAAUUGCAGUGGAAUAACAAUGUUUACAGGUACCUAUCCUGAUCCCUGCCCAAUGUAGCAUUUUUUUUCUUAUAAAGGCAGGGAUGGGCUUCUUUAAUUUAAACUGCACAAACAUACAAGGAUGUUUUUUAAAUGGAACCUUCUCUCAUGUGAUACUAAACUAGAGCACUUCAGUUUACAAAACAGCAAGUUCAUCUUGGUGGAAGCUAGCACAAGGGACUUAACACGAGUAAAGUAUGAAGACCUACACUUGGAUGCUGUUGCAAAGUUAUAGGCCAUGGCUAUCUUACAAGAAGUAAUUACUGCCAGAGGUGUCUGUGUACUUUAAACUGACUGGCUUAAACAGAUGCAUUUUAGGCUGUUGUAUUCUGAUGGGGUUUGUCCACAACUUGAAGAGUAACAUAAUUGUGUAACUUAACUUUCCUAAGCUGUUGUUGCAUAAACCUACAGUCUGCACAGUUUAGGAUUUACCACUAAGCAGUCUAUGUUUUGGAAGACAUCUUAAAUUGUUUGGAGCACUGCAGUUCAAAGUGUUACAGUUUUGAGGGACUGUCUAGUUUAUACAGAAGUAGUAGAACCUUGAAGUAUGUAUUUAAAAGCUUUUCUUUAGUGUGGAUUGCAUUUAUUUGUUUUGUCAAAGUCAUUGGCUGAAAAAUGGCAUUUUGCUAGCUUGGUCAUAUAGGAAAGGACAAGUAAAAAUGUUUCCCAUAAAAGUAACUAUUUUACUUCAGUGAAUUUUUGUUCUGUACAGUGGGUCCAGUUCAGCCAUCCAGAAAGUUUGUCUUGCAAACGCUUGUUCUGAUUCUUGUGGGAGAGUCAAAUCAAACAUAGUAUUGGUGUGUAGCAUGUUGUAGCAUACAACUUGCAGGUUUUUUAAUAGGAUUUUUUUUAAUAGGAAUCCAAACCUUAUUUCAGUAAGAUUACUGCUUUCCCUCCAUACUUUUCUUUGCACUGUUCAUAUUAUAAACUUAAUUGCCACUAACUUGUUUUCAUUAUUCAAGUGAUUUCAUUAUUCAAGUGAUUUGCGUUGUUGAUAUAUGUAAUAGUUGCUUCAAGGUCAUUCUGAAUAAUUAGAAAGUAGUGACUAAUAUUUGAAAGGGAAGAGGGUAUUUAUUAUGCAUACUGUGAACUGCAUUGUCAUCCUGACUUUUGGAUGCAGAGUAUGGAGUUUAUGGCAUUGUAAUGAAGAUUGCUUUGAAUUGUUUACACAAUAGCACAUUUACCAUAUUAAAUGCAGAUCAGUUUAGCACAGUGGACAAAAGUAGAGAUAAUUUGUAAUCAGUUCUUAAUUUAUACAUCCGGAAUGUGUAAUUUUGGUAAGUACACAGUAAACAACGGGUAGCCUUGGCCCUGUGUUGUACUCUGACAUUUUUUAGCCAAGUUGUCAGCUUCUUGUUGCUGUGUUUUGUGCUGAACUUUGUAUCUUGUUUCUUUUGUUUAUGAAUCAACACAUUUUUAUGUAAUUUUGUAAAAUACUUGCCAUAAUCCUUCAUUGUUAUACAUUCAAUUUUAUCUAUGGGUUUACAGUGAGUGGCUGGUGUGUAUAAAAAUCGUUAUACAAAGAUGACUGAAUGCUUAUACCAGUUGCACUUAAAUGAACAUGCCCAUUCUCAUUAGCUGAUGCAGUAAUAUAUUCAGUUUAUCUAUGCAUUGCUGAGAUCUUAAUGUAGACAGAGACUUGUCUAAGGUUUGGAUUGUCAGCAAGUUGAAUGGACACUUUAGUUAUUUAAUAAAGACUUUUGACCAAAAUUCAGAAAAUGAUAUGAGAGAAAAAUGAAUUCCGGCUAGUCUAGUAGAUUUUUAAAUGUUGAUCUUAUUUAGCCUGUUGGCUAGCUAGCUGGUAUCGUUUACUUUUAAUUCCUUGUUAAAAUGAGGCAAUAAUUUGCAAGAUUUUGUAAAUAUGUAAAUUCUUCAUAUCUUUUUAGAUAUCUAUUUCAAUAUUUUCUGACUACUUCUGUGUAUAGGAACAUUUUUGUGCAUGCUUGAUGUGACAUUCAUAAAUUUGUACCACUAUGACUUUAUCCAUGUAAAAUAGCUAUUUAUUGAAUUUUUCUUUUAAAAGCUGGACUUACAUAUUUUUCUCUCAGUUUAAACAUUUAAAUGGAGAACUUGUUACUGUUUAUUAAAAGAAUUGCGUUUUGAAAGUCAGCACGAAGAUAACUGAAUUGCAAGCAUAUGAAGAAAUUACCUUGCCUUGGUUCUUAGAUGGUGAAGCACAAUUCUUAUAAAAAACUGUGAUGAAUUCUUUGUUCUUUGCCACGCUUUUUCUUCAUAAAAACAAACCAAAAAUCCAUAAUGGGCAAUUGCAGUGUUAGUAAAUGUAUCCUUUUUAUGUACAGGGAAUCUGAAGAGGAUAGCUGAUUCAUUUAGAAGUGUAACUGGUGCUGUGAUUAUAGCAAUACUUUUACUUUUGUUAGUCAUACAUCAUCUUCUCAUGCUAGAUUUUUAAAUGUUUAGUUUUCCUCUUGUCAUAGUCAAACUGCUGAAUUUACUUGAAGGAUGUACAAUACUGUUUGAAGAAUACUAAAUUGUGUACAAUUAGGUCAAUGAAUUGUACAAUUGUUUCCUGUUUUUAAUUUUUAAAACUGAGGGUCAAAAAUGAAUGAAAAAAUCAGAUCCAGUAGAACAUAGUGAUAUUACGUAACUUAACCAAAGUCUCUAGUGAAUAUUUUAACUUUGAAUGUAAACUAAUGGAUAAACUGACCAAUGGGGACAUUAUUUGCCCAGCAUUACAAGCACAUUGUCUACAGAUGGGAAAACUAAAUACAGUAAUUUAUAAAAUAAUGACCAGGUUACUAUUUUUUUCUUUUAUUCCUAUUUUUAAUUGAAAAAAGGAAAAUACUAUCAACUGUAAAAUAAGUACAUAUGGUUAUAGUCCUCUUAAUAAAACAGAGAUUCCAGUUAUUCUCAGUUCAGAGUAAGUACCCUGUGCAUAACAAUAAAUUUAGUGACAAUCGGAACAUGUUUUAGUAUCAGAUGUUCAAGAGGAAGUCGCUAUUGCAUUGGUUUUAAUAUUUGUACAUAAACACUGAUUUUUUUGAGCAUUAUUUUGUAUUUGUUGUAUUUUAAUAUCUGGUGUACAGUUCCAGAAAUAAAUGUCUGGAAACCC